AUGGCAGCACGUAAUCGUCGUAGAUCGGUGACGGAGGCGGAGGCAGAGGUGGAGGAAGCAAUGGAACGUUCAUCGUCCGACGACGAAGAAGAAGAAUCAACGGAUCUAUCAGAAGAAUCUUCUGAUACGGAAUCAGAAGGAGAAAAGAAUAACGGGCCUCCAUCAAAGAAACAAUUAACCUCUCUUCCUCACUAUUCGACUUCUGAAAUUGUUGUACACUCUAACCCUAUUUGCAGCUUAGCUCCGGAAAUCAAUCCUGUAUCUUUACUAACUUGGAAGAAACCCAAAUCUAAAUCAGCCACUACUGUUGAUCCUUCUAAGAGUCCUUCAGAUGACACCAAAUGGGCGAAGAAGAAGAAGGGGCAGAACGUUGAUGAUGAGGGUGUUGAAUAUGAAAACUUGAACAGUGAAACCAAAAGGAAGCUGUUUCAGAGAUUAUGGAGUGAGGAUGAUGAAGUUACAAUCCUGAAAGGAUUGAUCGAGUAUGCUGAAACUCAAGGGAUUGAUCCUGCUUCAGGUGAUAUGAGUUAUUUCUAUGAAUUUAUCAGAAACUCACUUCAUAUUGAAGCUAGCAGGAGCCAAUUGAAAGAAAAAAUAAAGAGGCUGAAGAAGAAGUAUCUUUCAAAAUUAAAGAAAAGUAACAAUGGUUAUGAUAGAAUUUUCUCAAAAGCUCACGACCAGACAUGUUACAAUUUGUCUAAAAAGAUAUGGGGAACUGAAUCUAAGGGGAGAAGUUACAGCACUAGGCCGAAUACAAAGGAUAUGGAUCAUGAUCAAGCUGCUGCUGCUGCGCCUGCAAAUAGACAAACAGUAGACUCAAGUUUGGAAAAGAAAAUGCUGAAAUACUGGUCAGGAUUGAUAACAGGGGAAAAGAAGAUAGAAUUAGACAAUAAGAUGAAGCAUAUAGAAGUGAAGGAGAUGGAGGUUUACUUGCAAAGACUCGACUGUACGCGUGAGAAGACAGCUCUUGUGCUGGAAGCAUUGAAAUCCUCCUUAAAGUAA